AGCGAGUCGCAACAAGAAAAGGCGGUUGAGAAAUUUCAACGCGAGCUGCAAGAUAACGUGUACAAAAACGGUGGCCAAGUCCGGGACUACCAGGCAGAAGGCAUAUCAUGGAUGCUGUCGAAUUAUGUUAAUCAGCGAUCUUCAAUUCUGGCUGAUGAGAUGGGUCUCGGGAAGACCCUCCAAACUGUCGGGACUGUCAACAUUAUGGCGACACGCCUUAACGGAAACGGUGUCUUUCUGGUGAUCGCUCCGCUGUCGACUCUUUCACAUUGGGAGCGGGAAUUCAAGAGGUGGACCGAUCUAAACACGAUUGUGUAUCAUGGAUCAGGUGACGACCGGCGGCUAAUAAGGGAGCUUGAAUUCGCAUACGAAGAUGACCGACCAAAGAAUACGGUUGUCGUUAUAACGACACCCGAAAUGAUUGUGGCGGACGACUUCGUUGAACUGACGGCUGUCGACUGGGAUGCCGUGAUUGUCGAUGAAGCGCACCGGUUAAAGAACCACAACUCGAAGCUUGCUAUCAAUCUUCGAGACAAUCGCUUCAAGUUUGACCAUAUUAUUCUGCUUACCGGCACACCGAUUCAAAAUGAUGUCCAAGAAUUUUGGACGCUACUGAAUUUUAUCGAUCCUAAUGGAUUUGACGACGUUGACAAAUUUAUGACGAAGUACGGCGACAUGAAAAGCAAAGAGCGCGUUGAUGAGUUGCACGAAGAAAUAAGGCCAUUCAUUUUGCGGAGACUGAAAGAAGACGUCGAGAAGAGUGUGCCACCCAAAGAAGAGACUUUGAUUGAAGUUGAGCUAACAUUGUCCCAGAAGCAAUACUACCGAGCAUUGUAUGAAAAGAAUGUAAAAUUUCUCCACAAAAACAACAAAAAGGCUCUUGACGGUCCCAGUCUCAACAAUCUUGCGAUGCAGCUACGAAAGUGUUGCAAUCAUGUCUUUCUUCUCAAGGGUGUUGAAGAAGAGUUUAGGAAUAAAGGAAGUCUUACUCUUUCGGAAGCUGAUUUUCUCGUUCAAGGAUCGGGAAAGCUGAUCCUGCUAGACAAGCUACUCCCUCGUCUCAAAAGCGAGGGACACCGAGUACUCGUGUUUUCACAGUUCAAGAUUAUGCUCGAUAUUCUUGAGGAUUAUUUUUCAAUGCGGGAAAUGAAGUUUGAGCGCAUUGACGGUUCCAUCACUGGUAAACGGCGACAGCAAGCAAUCGAUAGAUUCCAAGCCCCAGAGAUUGAUGGGAGAAAACCACCGUUUAUUAUGAUGCUUUCUACAAGAGCCGGUGGGGUCGGAAUCAACCUGACUGCUGCCGACACUUGCAUUAUUUUUGAUUCAGACUGGAACCCGCAGAAUGAUUUGCAAGCCCAAGCGCGAUGUCACCGAAUUGGGCAGACGAAGGAAGUCAAAGUAUAUCGCCUCUUGACAAGAAAGACGUACGAAAUGCAAAUGUUUCAUAUGAGCUCGAUGAAAAUGGGACUUGAUCAGGCUGUCCUU